AUCAUGUAUCCCAAAUCCCAAAUGUGGGUUUGUGAUUUGUGAGAAUGCUUUUGAAGUGUUUUGCGAUACUUCGAGGGAGGCUAUUAGUACCCAGAAUUCAAUGACAUGAUUAAGCAUUCAUGGAUUUGGAGAGCAUGCAUUACAGAUUUUCCGUGGGAUGGUUUUGACCCAAAUGAGGUUUUUUUUUUUUUUUUAUAAGCUUGCAGUCAGGCAGGUUUGCUAAAUGAGGGGCGUGGAAUUUUUGACCUCAUGGUUUGUAUUUAUAAGAUUCAAUCCACCAUUUGGCAUUUGUGAUGUUGAUCUACUCAUUUCGUUCAGAUGGUUAAAAAAAUUGAGGAACUGUGAGGCAAACACCACUAAGGCCCGUCUUUGGGAGUCUCUUUUGGGUGCUUUCAGAAAUCAUGGUGAUGUGGAAUUGGCCGGACACAUUGAUAGGAGACUUUUAGAGUUGGAUUCUGAAGACUCUGCUGGUUAUGUUCAAUUGUCAUAUAUUCCUGCAUCAAUGAGGAAAUGGGAUCAUGUUGAGGAGCCAACAAGGAAACUGAGGACACGAGGAGUAACUAAAGAGCCAGGUUGUAGCAUGGUUGAAGUUAAUGGAAUUGUUCACGAGUUCUUAGCUAGUGAAGGAAUGAUUUCUAGAUACGGCCGUGAGUGUCUCCCUCUGGAGAUUCUGAGCAAUCUGUCAGAUAUCAAUUUCAAACCUGUUCUAAUUUUGUCUGAGGAGUCAGGCAGUUGGUUUCUGAUAAAGUUUAUAACUAAAAAGCUUAUGUGGUAAGUCCUCAUUGUUGUUGAGGAUUUCAGAUGGGUAGAAGAACUCCCUUGAUUGAGAAUGUCCACUGCGCUUAGCUGUUUAUAUUGAGACGGAAUUUAAUCAAUGUUGGCAAUUAGUCUAUAGCACCUUCAAAGACAUUUGAAUUGGAUUUUAAGUGGAACAGAUCUGCAUUCUUCUGGGCUUUGAAAAAACUUCAGAAAUUGAUGACUUGUCCUCUUGGAGUUUCGAAGUUGAUUGAUGAGUACAACAUCAGAAGCAGGAGAGCUUAGAUCGUAUGUACUCCCUUACUGUAGCUUCUCUCCUGUAUUGGAAAAGCUUGAUCCAGAAAAUUCUUUUUGAAGCAAGAAUAUCCACCGGAAAAAUUCUUACUAAAUUGUCAAGACAAAUAAUAAAUAUGUGUUUUUAU